AUGAAAGGUACAAUUCAGAUUUCCUGUCUCCCUGUCUGUUUCAGCCUCGGAAUUCUGGCUUCGCCGGCCUCCCUAAUCGUAGGCGAUCCUUCUUCACGUCUGUUAACGUCUUUUUGUAAAUUUCUUUCAGAAAAUGUGCAAUUUUUCCCGCAGUCUUCAUUAUACAUUCAGGUUCAAACAAAGUUUGGUAUGAAGAUGCAAAUUCAGAGGAGUCCUUUUAUGCAGCUGUAUGUGACAUUACCUGCCAUUGCAAAGGGGGUUACAAAAGGUAGGACUGCUGUGUGGUUUACCUAUCAUAGUGUAUUUUUUGGAUUGUGUGGCAACUACAAUGACAAAAGUGAUGAUGAAUUCAUGGCAAGUAGUGGAAUUGUGGAGGAUUCCAAAUCCUUUGCCAAAUCCUGGAGGAGACAGACACAAGAGUGUGCCGAGAUCUCUCCCAUCUGCAUGAACACAGACAAUGAAAAAUAUGGAAAAGAAAAGUGUGCCUACCUGAAGGACCCUGUAUUUGCUAAAUGCCAUUCUCAUGUCGAUUAUACACCUUAUCUUGAGAAAUGCAUAAGUAGCGCAAAAUGCUGUGCCAAUCCUGCAGAAUGCACGUGUGUAGCGCUGGGUAAUUAUGCAAAGGCCUGUGCUGCUAAAGGCUUGAUUGUGGAAAACUGGAGAAAGGACGAUUGUGAUAAGAAAUGUUCUAACAAUCAGAAGUUUUCAUACAACAUGAAGGCCUGCAAUAGUACCUGCCAGUCACUAUCAGGGUCUGACUUUGCCUGUGAAGUGGAAGAUGUCCCAGUUGAUGGAUGUGGCUGCUUAGAAAAACAUUUGAACAGCAAAGGGAUGUGUGUUGCAGAAACGCAAUGCCCGUGCUACUAUGGUCAAACUCAAGUUAGUCUGGGGCAAAAUGAAAUUGAUGGACAUUCCUGUGUUUGCCAAAAUGGAAACCUGGACUGCAAACCACUGAUAACCUGCACAGAGGGCAAGAAAUAUAUCAGAUGUUCUAACUAUUCAGGCCCAACGUCUGGAAAAACAUGUGAAAGUCUAAAUUUACCAGCCAGUGAUAACUGUGAAAGUGGCUGCUAUUGUCAAGAUGGAUAUUAUGAAGAUCAGAAUGGCAAAUGCGUUCCUCAGGAAGAAUGCACAUGCUUGUUUGGGGUCAAAAGCUACUCUGCAGGGGAAACGGUCACAAGUGGAUGCAAUAAUUGCACUUGCAUCAGGGGACGGUGGAGUUGUACAGAAGAAGAAUGCAAAGGAAAAUGCCAAGUUUAUGGAGAUGGACACUUUCAAACCUUUGAUUUAAAGUGGUACAGCUACGAUGGGAAUUGUGAAUAUACUCUUGUAGAGGACUACUGUGGUUCGAAAGGCACUUUCCGAAUAGCAGCAGAAAGUGUUCCCUGCUGUGAUGAAGCAGUUACAUGCUCAAGGGCUAUUAAAAUUAACUACCAGGGUGAAGAAAUAGAAUUACGAGAUAUGAAAAUUUUAGAAAAGAAAUCAAACAAAUGUGAGGCUGGGACAGCGACAAACUACUCGGUUCAUACAGUGGGCCUCUACCUAAUUAUCACUCUGAAGAAUGGCAUUACGUUGUUGUGGGACAAGCAUACAAGAGUAACCAUUAUAUUGGACCCCAAAUGGAAAAAUAAAGGUCUCUGUGGUCUCUGUGGAAACUUUGACGGGGACUCUAAAAAUGACAUGAUAACCAGAGGAAAAUCAGAAGUUACAAAAGUACUGGAAUUUGGCAACAGUUGGAAAGUCAAUCCCAGUUGUGCCAAUACAGUAAACCAGACAUCCCCCUGUGAGAAACACUGGUACUGUAAUGCAUGGGCAGAGAGAAGGUGCAAGAUCAUUACUGAUGAAAUCUUUCAAGAAUGUCAUAAGAAGGUGGACCCCCAGCCAUAUUAUGAUGUUUGUGUUAAAGAGUCAUGUGUCUGUGAGCUAGAGGGACAAUACCUUGGAUUUUGCACUGCUGUUGCUGCAUAUGCAGAGGCUUGCAAUGAGGCUGAUGUCUGUAUAACGUGGCGGACCCCAGAUUUGUGCCCUGUAUAUUGUGACUAUUACAAUGAUCCAGGAAAAUGCAGUUGGCAUUACAAACCUUGCGGAACGAUUGCCACAAAGACCUGUGGUAAUAAAGUGACUUCUAAGACAUUCUCUGCAAAGCUUGAAGGCUGCUAUGCAAAGUGUCCAGACAAUAAACCUUAUCUUGAUGAGAACACAAUGCGGUGUUCUGCUUUAGAAGACUGCACCUGUCUUUAUAAUCAAAUAAUGCAACCAGGCGAAACCAUACAAAAUGACUGCAACCAAACCUGGUAA